AUGAACCUUUCUAAAUUUGCUAAGCACGCACUUACGUUUGCUGGUCCAUCACCGAUCCAACACAUGGAACGACUUUCUAAAGCCAUGGGAAACAAGGUGCAGUUGUACGCCAAACGCGAAGAUUGCAACUCUGGUCUGGCUUUUGGUGGAAAUAAGACGCGCAAGCUCGAGUACAUUAUCCCAGAAGCCAUCAAUGGAGGUUAUGAUACACUCGUGUCUAUUGGUGGUAUCCAGUCGAACCAGACACGUCAAGUAGCAGCCGUCGCUGCUCAUCUUGGAUUCAAAUGCGUCUUGGUACAAGAGAAUUGGGUCAACUAUCCGCCUGAGGAAGCUCUUGUAUAUGACAAUGUUGGUAAUAUUGAGCUCUCGCGUAUUUUAGGAGCAGAUGUGCGUCGAGACUCUGCCGGUUUUGAUAUCGGCAUUCGUCCAAGUUGGGAGGAAGCCAUGGAGAGUGUUAAAAAGGCGGGUGGUAAGCCAUAUCCCAUUCCUGCCGGCUGUUCAGAACAUCCAAAGGGUGGAUUAGGCUUUGUUGACUUUGCAGAAGAAGUUCGAGACCAAGAAAAGGAGCUUGGUUUCAAGUUCGACUACAUCAUCGUGUGUGCUGUUACGGGUAGUACAAUGGCCGGUAUGGUGGUUGGCUUUGCAGCAGACGGAAGGGCGAACAAGGUGAUUGGGAUUGACGCGUCUGCUACACCUGACAAGACCCGGGAACAAGUGCUACGUAUAGCUAAGAACACUGCCAAACUUGUAGAAUUGGGGCGCGAAAUUACAGCGGAUGAUGUCGUACUCGACACACGCUUUGGUGGUCCAGAGUAUGGACUUCCCAAUCAAGGCACACUAGACGCUAUUCGACUAUGUGCUCGUACUGAGGGAAUUUUAACAGACCCUGUGUACGAAGGCAAGUCUAUGGAUGGGAUGCUCUCAAUGGUUCGCAAUGGCGAGUUUCCUGAAGGCUCCAAGAUAUUGUAUGCUCACUUAGGCGGUGCGCCAGCGUUGAGUGCGUACAGUUACCUAUUCAAGGAAGGUUAA